UUUUUUGUCUUUCCCCAACAGUGCAUGAGGGCCGAUGGCAUCUGUUUUUGAGCUGCUUCUUCAUACACUAGAUGACCUGAAAAAGGACGAUCUGAAGAGAUUUAGGAGUCUCUUGAAAGACGAUGGACCCAUUGGAGCUGGUAAACUGGAGGAUGCUGAUGUCACUGAUAUAGUGCGUAUAAUGAUGGAGCGCUUUGGACCAGAAGAAGCUGUGAGGAUCACACUGAACAUCCUGAGGAAGAUGAACCAGAACCGGCUGGCUGAAGAGUUACAGGACAACUACACUGAAGUGCAAACAUCAUUAGAAGCAGCUGAGAAACACACAAGAAAACAAGAUGAUUUCUGGCUGCAGGAAUUCUUGAAAACUCACAAAAUGAACAUGAAGGAGAAAGUAGAGCACAUUUUUGAGUGUAAAAAUGAAAAUGAAGCAGAUCUCAAGGAUGUGUUUACAGAACUCUUCAUUACGGAGGGAGAUCUUGAAGAAGUCAAUCAAGAACAUGAGAUUCUGCAGAUUGCUAAAGCUUUAAAACCCCAUGAAUCACAAACCAGGCCAAUCAAAUGCAAUGAUGUUUUUAGUCUGAACAAAAAUAAGAAAAAGAUUGUGCUGACCAAAGGCAUCGCCGGCAUUGGAAAAACUGUCUCAGUGCACAGGUUCAUUCUGGACUGGGCAGAAGGAGAAGCCAAUCAGGAGAUAGACUGUGUUUUCCUGCUUCCAUUCCGAAAGAUGAACUGCUUUAAAGACAUAAAGUUCAGGCUGCAUAAGUUUCUACAGAAAUUUUAUGCAGAACUGGAGAAACUGGACACAACAAAAAUAUGUAAGAUAUAUAGUUGUAAGCUUGCGCUUAUCUUUGAUGGACUGGAUGAGAGUCGACUCCCUUUGGAGUUUGACAGUGGAAUGGUGACAAGUGUUGAGGAGCGAUCAUCUGUAGAUCAACUGUUUACAAGUCUGGUGAACGGGACUCUGCUUCCGUCAGCUCACGUCUGGGUGACAUCACGGCCAGCAGCAGCCAAUCAGAUCCCUCCGGAGUGUGUAGGGUUGUUCACCCAGGUGCGAGGAUUCACUGACCAGCAGAAGGAGGAGUAUUUCAGAAAGAGAAUCAAAGAUGAGACUCAGGCCUCCAGAAUGAUCUCACACAUUAAGAAAUCUCGUAGUCUCUACAUCAUGUGUUACAUUCCCGUGUUCUGUUGGAUCACAGCCACUGUUCUUCAGGAUACCUCAAUUGGAAACGAUGCAGAAAAUAUCAACACGACACUCACUGAAAUGUACAUCCACUUCCUGGUGAUACAGAUGAACAUGAAGAGCCAGAAACAUGACAGAAAAACAGAAAGAGAACGCACCAAGCUCUUAGAUUCCAAUAAAACAAUGAUUUUGAAGUUAGCUAAGCUAGCGUUUGAACAGCUGAAGCAAGAAAAUGUAGUGUUCUAUGAGAAGGAUCUGAAAGCAUGUGGUAUUGAUGUGGGUGAAGACUUUGAAUCCACAGGAAUGCUCACUGAGAUCUUUCAGCAAGAAGCUGGAGUUCAUGUGAUGAAGGUCUUCUGCUUUGUGCAUCUGAGUGUUCAAGAGUUCCUCGCUGCAGUGCACGUGUUCCUCUGCUACCUGAACAAGAACAUGGAUGAACUGGAGUUUUUUAGUGAAGAAACACAAAGAUCUAAUCAUCGGUUUCAAUUUCAGUUUAAAAGACUGCUCAAACCCAACAAGAAUGAGAGUGAGUCGGACUUCAAAAAGCCAGACAAAAAUAUUGCUUUCCAUGAUUUACUAAAGAAGGCUGUUAGGAAAGCGAUGCAAAGUCAGAAAGGACAUUUAGACCUAUUUUUACGGUUUCUGCUGGGCAUUUCACUGGAGUCCAAUCAGAAACUGCUCAGUGGCCUGUUCACACACACUGAAGACAGCAAAGACAGUGUCACAAUACUAAUCAAAUACAUUGCAGAACAAUUACAAAACCAAAACAUCUCACCUGAAUCUUCAGUCAACCUGUUCUUCUCCUUACUGGAGCUCAAUGACAGAACAGAAAUCAUAAGAUACUUCAGAUCAUAUCCACGAAGAAGACUGUCAUCUUCCAUGUGCUCAUUGUUUGCUCACGUACUGCUGAUGUCAGAGGAGGUGCUGGAUGAUCUCGACCUGAGGAGGUUCAAGAUUGAUUUAGGAGACUACAUGAGUCUCCUGCCAGCUGUGAGAUGCUACAGAAAAGCAAAACUCACCUCAUGUUUUCUCGAUGACACCUGCUGUGAAACUGUGGCUUUGGCCCUGCAGACACCAAACUCACCCCUGAUAGAACUGGACAUGAGUAACAAUUACCUGCGUGACUCAGGAGUGAAGCUGCUCUCUGGUGGACUGAAGAGCCAACACUGUCAGCUGAAGAUACUGAGAUUGGCAGGAUGUGAACUCACUGUUCAGUCCUGUGAAAUGAUGACAUCAGUUCUACAAUCAUCAAACUCCCAUCUGAUAGAGCUGGACAUGAGUGACAAUGAGCUGAAGGAUUCAGGAGUGAAGCUACUCUCUGAUGGACUGAAGAUGGACUCAAACUGUCAGCUUGAGAUACUGAGAUUAAGUCACUGUCAGGUGACAGAAGAAGGCUGUGGUUAUCUGGCUUCGGCUCUACGUUCAAACCCCUCACACCUGAGAGAGCUGGAUCUGAAUGACAAUCGCCUGAAAAAAUCAGAAGUCAAGAUGCUCUCUGAUCUACUGAAUGAUCCCAACUACACACUGAGCAAACUCUUGUAUGUUAAUAACAUUAAUCUCAUCCUGUGAUUGUUACGAUCACAUCAUCCAACCCUGUGUGCCUUUCUUUAUUCUGUGGAACACAGAAUGUCUUACAAAAUAAGACACUUUCUUUUCUGUAAGAAAAGUCAAUGGAAGU